AUGGAAAGCAAAAAAUCCACAUCUCGUGACGGGGAAUCCCAUACGAAUCCGCCUGCAAAUUCCAAGCUUUUCCCAAUCAGUGCUUUAAUUUUCUUCAUAUCUAUUCUAAUUUACAGAUAUUCAUCUUUUGGUCCUUUUGCGCCAUUUCAAUGUCAAUUAAUAGGAAUUGGAUGCCUUAGUACGAAAGUACAAGGUUAUAUAGCGCCGGAAUUUAUUAAUGUGAAAAAAGCAUUUAUAACCAAUUUCGAAAAUGGAGAUGAAGUUGGAUCAAGUGUUGCGGUUUACUAUAAUGGCAAACUAGUGGUUGAUUUACAAGGUGGAUAUGCUGAUCUUGAGACAAUGCGUGGAUUCGAUAAUAAUACGUUACAACCUGUUUUUUCGUGCACCAAAGUUUUGGCUGCAAUCGUAAUAGCAUGCUUAGUGGAUCGGGGAAUUCUUGAUUACAAUGAAAAAAUAUCCACAUAUUGGCCAGAAUUUGCUCAAGGUAAUAAAGAAAAUGUUACACUUCUGGAUCUAGUAAACCACCGAGCAGGAGUAAGUUAUCUCGAUAAGGUGGUAAAAUCUGAUAUAGAAGAUCUUGAUAAAUUGGCAAAAAUUCUUGCCGCUCAACCACAUUCGUUCGGCGGAGUUCCUAAUCGUGCAUAUCAUCCAGUGACUUAUGGAUGGUAUUUAAAUGAGGUUGUUCGUAGAGUUGAUCCGAAACAUCGCACUAUUGGAAAAAUCGUUUCAGAAGAAAUUUUGACGCAAUAUGAUUUAGAAUUUUAUUUAUUAUUGCCAACAAAUCUUAUAUCGAGGGUUGCAAAAUUUUAUGAGACACCUACUGUCAAAGCAUUUUUUGAAUCGUUUGGUGUCUUUAGUAGUUGGUGGGCUGGGAAGGUGCCAGGAUCUUUUUUCACAGAAUUUAAUAAUAAAGAAAGUGUGGCAUAUAAAACUUUUAAUUGUUUAUAUCCUCUUUCUUCGGCAGUCACAGACUAUUCAAAGUUAGAGAUUGUUACUAUAGAAUGGCCAAGUGCUAAUGGAAUUACAAACGCAAAAUCAAUUGCUAAGCUAGGUGCCAUAAUUGUAAAUAAUGGUCAACCUCUUCAUGAUGAUAGUAGUUCAUCAUCAUCUAGUGCUAGUUCUAAGUCUCUUCUUUCAAAGUCUAUAGUUGAUCUCAUUUCUACAAAAUUGCCAGCAACUUUUGAUCAUGUUCUUUAUACAAAUAUUACACCUUCAUUUGGUGGAUUUGUUUAUAUUAGAUUUCCUGGUAUUGAAGAUGUAGAAUUCGUGGGAUGGGGAGGAUACGGUGGAAGUUUAUUUAUAUGGAACCGGGAAUUAGGAAUCUCAUUCGGUUACGCUAAUAAUGGCUUGCGGACUCCUAUAUUUGGUGAAAUUAGUGAUCGAAGAACAUGGAGUAUAUUAAAAGAAGUUGUGAAUGUUGUCAAAAAAUUAAAAAGAGAGCAGGCUUAA